AUGGAGGACACGCCGUGCCCCCCAGAGGAGGCUUUCUCCGGCAGAGACUCUCUUGUUGCUCAUCUUGAAAGCCACCUCUCCCGAGGGUCCUUCAGUUCGCUGUACACAGCAGACACGGGGGCCCCCCGGAGCUCGGGGGGCCCCCUCAGCCGCGGGGCUUUCUGGCGGCCGGAGAGUGAGGAGGAUCUGAGUGACACGGGGGCCUUCCCGCGUCUGUUUUACCUGCAGCGGCCGCCGCUGCAGCAGCAGCAGCAGCUGCUGCUGCAGCAGCGCCUGCUGCAGCAGCAGCAGCAGCAGCAGGAAGAGCUGCUGCUGCGGGAGAGGGAGCUCGAGCAGCAGCGGCUGCAGCGCGGGGCCGAGGCCCUGGCUCGGCGCUGGCGGCCCUCGGGCUUGGCAGUGACCCUGGUUGCUGCGCUGCUGCUGGCAGCAGCAGCAGCAGCAGCAGGGUCCCUGGGGGGGGGCCCCCGCUCGCGGGGGGCCCCCCCGCUGCAGGGGGCCCCCGCUGCUGCCCGCCGCAGCCUCGCCAGCCUCUUCCAAGGGGGGGGCCCCCAGGGGGCCCCUGGGAUCGUCCGCCAAGUCGUCUCCAGCAUUGGGGCUUAUAGAGCAGCCUGGGCAGCAGCCCCUCCCGCAGUUCGCAGCGCCUUUGUGGACUUUUAUUGUCCCAAGAAGGAGCUCUGGGCGAGCAGCAGCAGCAGCAGCAGCAGCAGCAGCAGCAGCAGCAGCAGCGGCGGCAGCAGCGGCGCCAGCGGCAGCAGCAGCGGCGCAGCAGCGCCGCAGGACGCAGAGGGGCCCCUCUCGCCCUACGAAGAGGUCGUGGAGGCCCUGGGCGCCUGGGGGCCCCCCUGGGGGCCCCCCGGGGGGCCCCAGGGGCCCCCAGGGGGGCCCCAGGGGCCCCCGGGGCCCCCCGGGGGCCCCUCGGGAAAAGAAGACUUGCGCUGUUUGCCGCUGCUGAAGGGCCUUUUAGAUGCUGCUGCUGCUCGGCUGCUUUCUCUCACGGAAAUUGAUAAACAUAAAGAACAUAUUGUUGCUGCGCUGCCCCCCAUAGAGGCCCUGCAUGCAGAAACAGAAAAACUCCUCACUUUCCAGCAGUUCCUGGAACUCCUGCAUGCGGGCUCGGGGGCCCCCCCGGGGGGCCCCCAGGCCCCGGGGGGCCCCCCGGGGGCCCCCCAGGGGGGGCCCCCCGGGGGCCCCCAGGGGGGCCCCCAGGGGGGGCCCCAGGGGGGCCCCCAGCGGGAGGGCCCCCGCGGGGGCCCUGUUGAGAAUCCACACGAGGGCCUGCAGGAAGUCCCCGAGUGGGAGCCCCCGGAAGCAGCUCUUGGGGGGCCCCCGGGGGGGGCCCCCGACUGGGGCCCCCAGGAGGCCCCCUAUGAGGGGCCCCAAGAGGUCCCUGGCCGGGGGGCCCCCCGCGCCCCACACGGGGGGCCCCCAAAGAACCCGCACGAGGGGCUGCAGGAAGUCCCCGAGUGGGAGCCCCCGCUGGUGCCCUGUGGGGCCCUGGGGGAGGCCCCUAGUUGGGGGCCCCCGGGGCCCCCCGAAGGCGUAGUACCGUCUUUGGGGGGCCCCCAAGAAGGUGUUUACGGGGGCCCCCCGGGGGGCCCCCAGGGCUGCUGGGGAGGGCCCCCCGGGGGCCGUCCUCCCUGCGGGGGCCCCCCGAAGUCCUCGGGGGGCCCCCCCGAAGUGUUUGGGGGCCCCCCGGAGGCUCCGGGGGGCCCCGAGGACGGGGCGUCGUGCGGGGCGCCCUCCUGGGGGCCCCCCGGGGGGCCCCCCGGGGGGGCCCCCGGGGGGGCCCCCGGGGGGGCCCCCGGGGGGG